AUGGGCUCUGCGACCGCGUCCGGCGACAAGUGUCACGUCCUCGCGAAGAGCCCCAUCAUGGGGCUGUGAUUGCGGAGUGGGAGAUCUUACGAAGCCUUCCUCGGCGUUCCUUACGCCAAACCGCCAGUCGAGGACCUGAGAUUCUGCAGUCCAGUGCCUUGCGGAGCCUGGUCCGGAACCUACGACGCCACGUAUGCGCGGAAUGAGUGCCUCCAGAAAGUUUACCUCGUGCCCGAGCCAUUCAUCAAGGGUAGCGAGGAUUGUCUGUACCUGAACAUCUAUCGUCCAAGGAGAAGAAAUCCCAACGAAAAACUGCCUGUUGUGGUUUACUUCAGCUUCGGAGCUUUCGCAACGAGUUUUACGAGUCCUGAAAAUCUUUCUCCUGAUUAUUUCAUGGACACCGAGAAAGUGAUUGUAGUUAUUGUUCAAAGUCGUUUAGGUGCUUUUGGAUAUUUGAGUUCAGGCGAUGAGCAUUGUCCUGGUAACUUUGGCCUCAAGGAUCAGGCUUUGGCUCUUCAGUGGGUGCACGAGAACAUCGAGUCAUUCCAAGGAGACUGCAAUUCUGUGACUCUUGUGUGUCCAGCUGAUGCAGGUGCUUCGUGUCAAUAUCACUGGCUUCAUCACGACACAUCGAAGCUUUUCCAUAAAGUCGUGCUGAAGAGUGGAAAUGCCUUUGCAAUCUGGGGACUUCUUGAGCAACCAAAGCAGCAGUUCCUUGACCACGCAAAGCUGAUCGGAAUUGCUGAUCCCACAAAACUGACUUCAUUUGAGAUAACGGAAAAAUUGAGGAAAGCCGACGCUAAGACGCUCCUGAGUGCUAUCGAUAAAAUUGGCUUUUGGAUAGAAGAUAAUUAUGUUUACUAUCGUCCAGUGGUUGAAGUUGACUGCAAGGAUGCUUAUGUUAGGAAGAAUCCUAGAGAAGCCUGGAGAUUUGGACAUUUUGAUCCUAAGCCACUUUACGUCACUUUUACUCCUAACGACGGAAAUGUUAGAUCAUCACUGCUCUUGGCUCCUGAAAGGAGGAAGAUUUUCAAUCAGGAUGUUGAUUAUCACCUCUCCGAAAUAUUUACAGUCAAUCCUGUUCAUCUUCAGACAUUGAAAGACUUUUACUUCUUUGAUAAAUCGUGCAAACUAACAGAUAAGACGGUCUUUACAUAUCUUGAGCUCCUCACUAUGAGGCUAUUCCAUCAGCCAAUUUACAAUUUCCUCAAAUACUACGUCCGGCACGUGAACACCCAGAAGUAUCCUUUGUUCGUUGAAAAAUUCAACUUCGAUGGAGUUAAUCACUUCUCAACAGUUUUCUCUAAUUAUUAUGUGGAUCUCAACGUUGGAUUCUGCGAUGAUCUUAUUUAUCUCUUCCGCUUCCCUUCGCUCUUCCCGGACUUCGACAAGAAUUCCAUUGACUACCAGAUGAAGAACAUUUACGUCGACACUCACGUUAAUUUCGCGUGCACCGGCGUGGCAAACACGUGGAUGACUGUUGCUCCAUGCGACGACGAAUACUUCAGAAAGUACGGCUUCUGCGAAUAUCAAUUCUUCGCCAAUCAAACUGCGUUCGUCGAUGGAGUCCUGAACAAUCAGGUCACCGUGGAUAUAACGAACUACUUCCCCCUAGAGGAGGUUCACAUGUGGAACAGAAUCACGGAGAGUUGA